CGCCGGAUUUUCAUUACGUGCUAUAGCCAGUAGACGUCGUUUUCCCGUGAAACGAUCGAAGAUACGGUGAACCGCCUGCUCUUUGAGAGACAAGGGCGUACUGCCAAGCGUCUGAGAAAUCUAGGAGACUGCAGGCCAGAGAGAGAGAGAUAGCCAGGGAGGGAACGGGCACGGCAGGCAGCGUGCCGCGUCGUCUCGGCUCGUCACGCUCAGACCCUGAGACCUCCUCGCGUGAGUGUUUGUUACAUAAACGCACAGACAGCUCUCUCCUCGUCCAUCACCAACUCAUCAGCGUUCAGCAAACACCAAGCCUCCAACUCUCCAGCUACUCUGCCUCUUGGCUCUUCAGAUCGCUGGUCUCAGGGCACCAAUGGCUUCCUCCACCGCUCUCGCCGCCAUUCUCCUCGUCCUCGCCGUCGCCGUGCAAUCCGCCCGUGGCGGGCAGCUGGCGUGCGAGGAGCUGCCGCCGGACGCGUGCGCCUUCGCGGUGUCGUCGGGCGGGAGGCGGUGCGUGCUGGAGCGCACGCCCGAGGGCGCGCACCGGUGCCAGACGUCGGCGGUGCGCGGCGCGCGGGGCCUGGCCGGGUGGGUCGAGACCGGCGCCUGCGUGCGCGCCUGCGGCGUCGACCGCGCCGCGCUCGGCCUCCCCGUCGCCAGCGCCGCGGCCGAGGACCGCCGCUCCUUCGGGGCGCUCUGCUCGCCGGCGUGCCGCGACGCCUGCCCCAACGUCGUCGACCUCUACGCCACCCUCGCCGCCGCUGAAGGUAUGUCGCUGCCGGCGCUGUGCGAGGCGCAGAACAAGGCUGGGAACCGACGCAUGAUGGCUGGGAUGGCCCCAGUCGCCGCUCCCGUGGCCGCUCCGGUGGCUGCUGCGCCAGCUCCAUGUGAAGACUGAUGUAUUCACGAGUCACGAUUCUUACAAUCUUACUGCACCUUCAGUAGUUCAUUUACAGUGUUGGGGGAUACCCUUGUGAUGUGCUAGUUGGCAUUGUUUUCUUGUACGUAUGAAAUAAAGUUGUCCGAGCAUUAAUUGUUUGUUGUUCCAUGAGA